AUGGCACCCUCACAAAUGGAUUAUCCGCACCAAGAAAAUGAAACGAACGUCGAUUAUACUCAUAAGAAAUUCAACACCGGCUGCUACAAGCACAAAAAAUUUGGCAAGCGCAACAGCAAAGAAGACACGGUCACGACCACGCCCUUAUUUCGUCCAUAUGCACUGAGCGAUAACACGCCACGCAAGCGUCGUCAGGAGUCUGAGCAGCGCCAAUAUCAACACCAACUACCGCCUACGCCGCCAACAACACCUCCACAGCAGCAGCAGCAACAAUAUCAACCACAGCAGCGGUGGCAGCCACAAACGCAUGCGUUACACACGCCCACAGCCACGCCCACGCCGAUCAUGAAUCAUCAGGCGUUCGCCUAUGUGCUGCAAAAGCAACGCGCGGUACUCCAAAUGCGCCACAUGCUCAGCAUCAAUCCGGAUGCCAAUACCUGGCCAGCGGAGUUGCGCAAUGCGCUCUACUCCAUGCUACAGACAUGA